AUGCAGCCAACUAAGGAAAAAGUCGACGUGCUCAUCUGUGGCAGCGGAUCCGCCGGUCUCUGCGCCGCGACCUGGCUGGCCCGGUACGGCGUGCGCUGCAAAGUGCUGGAGCGCCGCGAUGGCCCCAUGACGAUGGGCCAGGCGGAUGGGGUGCAGUGUCGGACCGUCGAGAUCUUCGAAAGCUUUGGAAUAGGCGAGGAGCUGCUCCGGGAGGCAUAUCAUGUUCUCGAGGUUAACUUUUGGGCCGACGAUGGCUCUGGCGCCAUCAAACGCACCGGACGCACGGCGGAUACGCAGCCGGGACUAUCACACCAACCGCACGUCAUCUUGAACCAGGCGCGGAUCAAUGGGCUUCUUAUUGAGCUGAUGCGCAAGUACAAUGACCAGCAGAUCGACUACGGAUACAAUGUUAUCUCCGUUGAAGUCGAUAGCGCCUCCGCUGCGGAUCCCGACGCAUAUCCAGUCACAGUAACAGCAGAGAAGGAUGGCAUGGCCGAUGUCUUUGCGGCGAAAUAUGUAUUGGCCUGUGACGGUGCUCACAGUAUCGUCCGCAAAGCUCUGGGGUAUAAGAUGAUCGGAGACAGCAGUGACGCCGUAUGGGGCGUGAUGGACAUGAUCCCUCGAACAGACUUCCCCGAUUUCCGCAAAAAGUCUACCAUUCGGUCCAAGGCUGGAAACAUUCUGAUUAUUCCCCGCGAAGGGGACAGUAACAACCUGACCCGCUUCUAUAUCGAGCUCGCCCCGGGAACAAACCCGAAGGACGUUACCCUGGAAAAUCUGCAGCGCCAGGCCCAGAACAUCCUCGAGCCUUAUAAAGUCGAGUUUGUUGAGACGGUCUGGUGGUCCGCGUAUGCGAUCGGCCAGCGCCAUGCCGACUCCUUCCACAAGGACCACCGGGUCUUCCUGGCCGGUGACGCUUGCCACACCCACUCCCCUAAGGCUGGCCAGGGAAUGAAUGUCAGCCUGCAGGACGGGUACAACAUUGGCUGGAAGCUUGGAGAGAUACUGACUGGACUGGCCAGUCCCUUGCUACUAGAAACAUACGUUCUGGAACGGCAAAAGGUCGCUAUCGACCUGAUCAAUUUCGAUCGAUACUUUUCGAAGCUCUUUUCCUCCGGAGCUAAAACCACCCCAGCGGAAUUUCAGGAGGGCUUUAUUCAAUCCGGGAAGUAUACAGCUGGCUUGACGGCAAAAUACGACGUGUCUCCCAUAACUACUGCGCUAGAAUCGACUCAGCUGGCCUCAAAUGUGGUCGUUGGCAUGCGACUCCCCAGCGCCCAAGUCGUGCGAUUCUGUGACUCGAAACCUUUACAGCUCAUGAAGUCCCUCAAGUCAGAUGGGAAAUGGCGCAUCAUGGCGUUUGUGGGUGAUCUAUCAAUCCCUGCGAACCGUACAAAAUUGAACACUGUAAGUGCUUUGACCUGGAUACGAGCGACCGAUUUUUUUUUCCCACCUGCUCAUCGGUGUUACAGCUCGGAGAAUAUCUUUCCUCGUCUGAUGGCCCUAUCCAAACUUUCACGCCAAAGACUCGGGAUGUCGACAGCCUGA